AUGACAUCGCCUGGUGUCUCGUCGCCCGAUACCAUCGUUUUUGACGACAACAGAGAUCUCUGCCUGACUGCCAGCCCCGUUUCAUCUUCUAAAAUUCUCCACGUUGACUCUAACGCGAUCUGCCGGGCCUCCAAGGGAAGUGAAGCUUCCCAGGAUAAUCCAGAAGCCUUUGUUGUUCUUAUGGACAUUGUCGACGCAAACUUCGACCAUGCCCCUUUGGUCCUAAAGACUCAGGAGCUCUACAACAUAUGCGUCUUGACCAACAAAUACAACCUGACCAAGACUCUGCGGCCUAUGGCGGCAGCGUGGUAUCAAAGGCUCAAGAUCAUGUGCCAGCGUAGUAAGAAGAUGCAGGCAUACAGCAAGAAUCUAUUCGUGGCUUGGGAGCUCGGAUGCCAGGGCGCAGUCGAGGAGAUGCUCCAGGAUAUUACCGAAAAAUGUCACGUCGGCGAGUUCGGCAGCUUGUUGAUCGAUAUAAAUACUCGGCUGAUCAACUUGGAAAUUUUCAGACUGGUCCCUUUGAUCGAUCCUGUUGCUCAAUCCCGUGUCAAGAUGCUCCAAGUCUUCAAUGCAGAAGGCAAAGAGAUAGCAAUCAAGAUUCUCGCCAAACGCCCGCUCUGUUGGCAUACCGGCCCUUGCUCUGCUAUGAACCUCGCAGAUGACAUCCCCGAAAAGUUCAUCUAA